AUGCUGAGAGGCAUUAGGGAACAGCCUGAGGAAACUCCUCAGCCAGCCCCUCGGCGAAUCUUCCAGGAGAGGCAGAGGAUCACCGGUCUGCCUUUGUACUUCCAAGGUUACCUGUCUGUCCGGCACUCAAGAUGCCAGGAAUUUAGAGAGUAUUGGACAGAACUCAGAGGAACUAUGCUCUUCUUUUAUGAUGAUAAGAAAGUCCCAACAUACUCACAGAAAUUAGAUAUAUCAGCUUUGAUCUCAGCAACCAAUGUUUAUCCAGAUGAAAAUGGCUCUGCACAGUUCAUCCUGAUGCUGUCAAAUGGGGAACUAGAACUGAAGGCUAAUGACUGUGAAUGUGGGAAAGAAUGGAAGGGUUUUAUUCUCACCGUAACGAAGCUGUCAGUUCCACCAGAUGAGUCAUUACUACCUGGGCAACUUACAAGGAUGCAUGAAGUGCUAGAGAAGGAAAAGAAAAGAAGGAUUAUGCUUAACAACUGUUCCAGUGCAUCCCUCAACAGACAAAGCCCUCCCAGCAGUACUAUGCCAGCGUGCUUCUAUGCAGUAUCUCGGCAAGAAGCAAUAGAGAUGUUAGAAAAGAACCCUUCAUGUGGGAAUCUGAUCCUGCGUCCCAGCAACGACAGCAAGAACUACGCAAUCACUAUCCGACACGAGCUGGAUGCCCCACGCUUAAAGCACUAUAAAGUGAUGUCCAAAGGAACAAGUUACAUUAUCGAAUUGGAAAGACAGGUGACACUCCCAAGCCUUCAGGAUGUUGUCAAUCACUUUGUGACCCAAACCCGAGGGAACCUGAAGCCGUUUGUCACACAGAAGCAUGCUGCAGAGGACCCAGUGUUCUGA